UUAUUUGAAAGUACACGAUGCAGACGUAUGUUAAGAGCCAGCUUCCGUCUGCUUGCGCGCGUUCCUGACAAGUGACGUUGACUUGGCGCACGUCGAGAUUCGGUAUGACUCGAUAGGGCGCGUAUCGCGGCUGGGGGCGUUUUAUUGGAGUGCACGAAUGCGUUUGGAGUGUGUGCGCUCCUUACGAGGCCGCGUUGCGUGUUGGAUGGAGUGCGGGAUACGAUUUCGCCGAUCUAGCGGCUUUAUCAUAAUCGUCCCGAGAUCGACCAAUCGAUAAGCCCGACACCGACACCGUCAGGAAUGCGCGAUGCGUGUCCCGGCGACGCGAGCGCAAUAUCCGAAAGUCUCGUGAACGAUGUCCGGGUGUCAUCAAUAAUAAUAAUACGCAGCGGAAUAGACGGGACGCGUUAACGAGACGCGGCUGGGGGGAGGAAGGUAUGGAGGGUGUCAACGGUCAGCUGCAGACAAAGUAUCAGAAAAUUGCCACGGAAUACUCGAAAGUGAGCGACAUUCUCAUUCGUGCGCAAGCGAAUGUUCUGAAAAAGGCUGUGAUAGAGGAACAAGCACGUAACACGGAUAUUCGGAAUCAUUUGAAGGAGAGGGAAGUGGAGCUUCGUAGAGCCGAGCAGGAAAUAGAUAGUUUGACAUUUCGUAAUCAGCAAUUGACAAAGCGUAUAACUGUGCUGCAGGAGGAACUUGAUAAGGCACAGAACAAGUCUAAGAAAGGUAAGAGCAAAGUGCCGGAAAACAAUAGUCAAAUUCCUCCACCGCCGCCAAACAAUAUCUUAGACGAAGAAUUUCAGAAGAAGAUAGUGGAGAAUGCUCAAUUAUUAUCACAGAUUAGUGAUAAAGAUAGCGAAAUUGAAAGUUUGUACGAGAGAAUACAACAGUUAGAAUACAAAGUCGAUUAUAGCGAAAAGUCUAAAGUAGAAUCAGAGUGUCAGUUUCAAAGCACUAUAGAUAAGUUAGAAAGAGAGAGAAAUGACUUGCAGAGGAAAUUAAAUGAUAAACAGAAACAGGAAGAGACUGUAUCGUGGUCCAGUAAUGAAGGUAGACGCGAUGGCUUCGAUUUUGAUGCCAGAGGAAUACUCUCAAAUCAUCGUCAAACGGAGCCAUCGCCGUUCUCUUCGCCAUCUGCUUCGCGUAGAUCAUCGAAAUCACUUGGAGAAGGAAAGCCACAAAAGUCGCAAGAAGAAAGUAAUGAAUUUUUCUAUUCAAAAUCAUGUGAUUUAGAAAAAGAAAUUAAUCACUGGAAAGCUCAAUAUCAUAUAUUCAAGAUAAAAUAUGAUGAAUUAGAACAAAAAAAAGCUGGAGCAGCUUGCCAAAUUGAUAAUGACGCAUUGAAACCUGUGGAAAUAUAUAAUAUGAUUGGCAAAUUGAGUGCACCUUUUGCGUUACCAGAAGAAAUCGAAUCUCGUGAAUUAAAGAUUAGGGAUUAUUUUUUAGGAGAAAUUGAAAGAUUAACCAAUGAAAAACAUGUCUGUCAUAUAAAAAACCUGGCAAUGGCUGCAAAUAGCGAAGUUAUGCAUGUGCAAUUAGAUACAAGUGAAUCCAAGAGAGAGAAAUGUGAAACAGCGCUAUUAGAAACACUUUCUAAUUAUAAUGGUUUACAAAAGGAAAAAGAAAUGCAAGACGGAAAUUACAAGAUACAGCUCAAUACCAUGAGCGAACAUCUUGCCAACAUGAAUGAAAAACUUAUCUGCCAAACAGAAGAGAUACAGCAAUUGAAAUUUGAACUAGCUAAUAAGAAUAGUAAGAAAGGAAAACAAAAGUGAUCCAGAUCAGAAUUGCAAAGAACAAUCAUUGACAUUCCAUCAGCACAGUAUGAUUUAAUCGAUCAUCGAUAAAU